CUCCGCUCCGGUUCGUUCGAACCCAACCCCAAACCGACCCCGCAAGCAGAGACCAAGGCGGCAAGGUCGGCGACCGCAUCGCGCCGACGGCGAACAGCAGACUGCAGAGCCAUGUCCGCGCGAGACCGCGAGACGGUGGAGGCGCUCGCACGCGUCGCCGCGGCGCUGGACGGAGCGGUGCUCGGCCUCGGCACGGCCGCGCUCGCCGUCGUGUCCUUGGCCAAGUACCUCGCCGCUUCCGGGGCGCUCCGGCGCAUCGCCGAGGCGCCGGAGGUCGCGAUCCCCGACCUCCGCUACUCCCUCCUCGCGGGGCUCGGCGAGGGCGAAUCGCGCCUCGCUGUGGUGCGGGGCCUCGUCCGCUCCCCGCCCUGGGGCAAAUUCCUCAUCCCUCCGGGCUCACGCGAGCACUGCGUCGUCGCCAAGCACACCCAGACGUGCUUGUUCGGCGAAUGGAGAGGCAUCUUUGGAUGGACCUUUGACCUGCAUGCUCUCUUUUUUAAAUCAUUGAAAGAGCAAACUAUAACAUCAUUUAGAUGGGUUCCGUUUGCUCUUGUUGAUCCUGCUUCUGCCUCUGACAAAUCAACAGAAAUGAUCCAUGUGAAAUUAGAUGGAGCAGUUCAGCAAUCACUACCUCUUACAACUGUGUAUCAUAAACUUAUCCCAGUUGAGCAAAAUUCUUAUACAUUAUUUCAGACUAUAGUUGGCAAUGGCUAUCCGAUUGCAUUACUGGAUGAGGAAAAAAUACUACCUAUUGGAAAGGAGAUUACAGCAAUAGGAUUGUGUCGAGUAAAUAAUCAAAAUGUUGAGAUCACCUCCUGCCCAGAGAUUCCAUUUUUCUUGUCUGAUCUGACCAAGGGUGAGAUAGAAGCUGAGCUGGAUUCACGUGCCAGAACACUCUUCUGGGUUACUUUUGCUCUUGGAACUAUGUCAGUUGGGUUACUGGGCCAUGCCAUUUACAGGUUCUGGGAGAAAGUCAAACAACACAGGGAGGCAAGACAAGCUCAACAAAGAUUUCAUCAGGCUGACGAUGAAGAUGAUACUGGAGAAAAUGGCAGUGACGACGACUUUCCUGGUGAAAUGGGAGACGGGCAAUUAUGUGUGAUAUGCUUAAGGAAGAGAAGGAAGGCAGCUUUUGUUCCUUGUGGGCAUCUUGUCUGCUGUUGCAACUGCGCAAAAAGGGUUGAGCUUAUGAAUGAACCAUUGUGUCCUGUCUGCAGGCAAGACAUCCAAUACAUGCUCAGGGUUUAUGACUCUUGAGGUUGAUUGCUGAUAGGCCCCGAGCACCAGCAAGUGGCGAGCAAGUCUUCUUGGCAGCUGCCCCUCAGAAUCUGAGGGGGAGCAACUGUCCAUCCUUCCUGCAUGCAUUUCGUUCUUCCUUCAUAGUCUAGGUUACUACCCAAAAAUCCAUGAAUAUGCAUUUCAUUUUUCCUCCAUAGCCUAGGUAAUAACUACCCUAAAAAACUGUGAAUAUAGGAUAUGUUAACCCCUCCAGUUAGCACUUGAAUUCUACAUAGUUGCAUGGGUUUUGUGUAUCCUAGCUGAGUUCAUGUUGGUGUUGCAUGGAUGCAAUUCUGUAAAGUUGUUCUUCCUCACCCAAAUAGCCCUCUUCCCAUGCGAUGAUUGGCAUCUCCAUGCGUAGCAAAGUAGCUUCCUGGAGGGAUGCAACGUGCAAUGGUCUCUGUUUGUGAUCGGCACCGGUUUGUGAUGGCCGCGCAGGAGCAUGACGUGGUUCAGCUGAAAGUAAUGCCACAACAUUCUACUGUACUGAAGCGUUUAAGGCCCUCUUUGAUUCAUAGGAAAUGUGGAGGAAAAGUGUAGGGAUAGGAAAUUUUCCUUUGGUGGCACUAUUCACUCAUUUGAUUCAAAGGAAUUGAUUAAAGGAAAAGUGGAGGAAAAAAUCCUUUGAUUUUUGUUUCAAAGGAAAAAUGUAGGAAUUUAACAAUCCACUCAUACCUCUUUUGAAUUCCUAUGCACACUAAACGAGACAAGAGUGUUCAUUGGUAUAAUAACAUUCUAAUUAUACUAAUCCAUGUGGUUUGACUUUAA